GCAGCUACCGAGCGUCUCCUACCAAGGUUAGAUGUAUUCUCAGAAGAAGACCUUGGAAACGAGAUCGGGAUUAUCAAUGGCAACCAUUAAUAGCUUUUGUUUCCCCAAUUGGCUAUCUCUUUACAUGUUCUGUCGGAAUUAGUGUUGUUUGUACUUGUGCCACAGGCGCUUUGUUGCUGUCGGGGGAUGCUGAUGUGAUGUUGCCGUAGAGGUGUUCGCAAAACCAAGAAAACCAUCGCUUGCUUGCAGUGCUUCAUGGAAACUCGGAACUGCAAGAAAUGGUCGCAGCUGACUUCCUGUGAAUCCGCCUCAGAGGUACAGAAACGGCGGUGUGCAAGGGGAACAUUUCAGCCGGAGUCGGUCCACUGCUGAGGUGAAGGUGACUCGCCUUGCAGUCGAAGCUAUGCGGAAAGGAGUCGCGAGCACUCAUCCGGCACUCCUGCGCGCUAAAGGUUGCCUGCGAAAUUAUCUGUUUCAGCAGUAGGAUCCUGUCGGAGCCACUGGGUCGCUGUCGGUGACUCUGCUUCGUCAGAUACAGAGAACAAACGAGCUAUCAAAUAAAAUAACAACGGUUGUUAAAGCGAAGAAAAGGGAGAAGAAAUAAAUACCAUUCCCCAACGGUUUAGGUUUUGUCAGUGGAUGUGUAUGCAUGAGUUCUGCACCGAAUGGGCGCAAGAACCGCCCCAGAUCCGCCGGGAACAUUUUUCAAAUCGGCAAGCCCCCUUCAAGGGACCCGGAGCGCAGGGAGAGUACAGAGAGCAGCCGAAAAGCCCAGCGUGCCGUGGACGACUGCAGGAUGAUUGUCCAGGAGUUCAAUACACUUGUGGCCCUGUAUCGUGAGCUGGUCAUUUCUAUUGGGGAGAUAUCGGUCGAUUGCCCUUCCCUACGAGCGGAAAUGCACAAGACGCGAACCAAAGGCUGCGACAUGGCUCGAGCCGCACAUCAGAAUCUCUCCGUAAUUUCGGGGCCGGAGGAUGGUGAGAUUCACCCGGAGAUCUGCAGGCUCUUCAUCCAGCUGCAAUGCUGCCUGGAGAUGUACAUCACUGAGAUGCUGAAGUCAGUCUGCCUGCUGGGCUCCCUGCAGCUGCACAGGAAAGCAGGGAAGGACUUGAACCCGGCUUUGAGGAUCGACUGCAAGAUGGACGAGAGCUCGGACAUUCCCAUCCUGGAGGACACUUCUUCCUCGCCCGUGGAAUCCCUGCAGUACGGCUGGCUGGUUUCUACCGACAUCGAGAACACCGAACGGGACAUGAGAGACAUGAAGAACCUUCUUAGCAAACUCAGGGAGACUAUGCCUUUACCACUGAAGAACCAAGAUGACAGCAGCCUGCUGAAUCUCACUCCCUACCCGCUGGUGCGACAGAGGAAGAGGCGUUUCUAUGGGCUCUGCUGCCUGGUGUCCAGUUAAGAGCCAGCCCCCAACUCCGCCCUCAACUCCACCCCCAACUCCGCCCUCAACUCUGCCCCCAACUCCGCCCUCAACUCCACCCUCAACUCCGCCCCCACCCCGCUACCAGCCCUGGGGAAACAGCACUUCGGACAACUGCGUCAGUCAACAUUACCCAUAAUCCCCGAACACUGGUGUCUCCCGCCACCAUUAUGAAGAACUAAUAUCUGUCAAUGCACGGUAAAAUAUCAAAUUGAAGAUUAAAGGAAAAAAUAAUACUUGCCAAAAUUACUCACUAAAUACAAUUGGUGAUAUAGUAUAAUCUACACCAGUUAUUGCCAACUGUACAUGCAAAAAUGACCUGCAUAUAUUAGAAUUGAAAAUAUUUGAGAGUGUCAUUUUAAAAUGUUUCACAGUAUGUCUGUAAUUUCAUUUAUGAAAGUGGCAAUAACUAAUAUGGUUCAAUAUAUGCAGUGCAUCAUGCAGUACAAAAAAAAUGUGUAAAAUUUAUAUUUUAACGUGUGUUAACAUGAUAUUUGUUUUUUGUAAGGGCAACCUGUUACUGCCAUUUCCGAUAUAGUUCUUUUUUUGUUGAAAAGGCUGCCCGUUUUCUAAUUUUAUUUUGUGAUAUGAAAAUAAUUCUUUUAAGAAAAAAACAAGAAAUAAAAGUAACAAAAUCAAUAGUCACAAACGUAUAUAUAUUUUACUCUAAUUUUGAUUAUCAAGAUGCUUUAUAACAAUUUUUUCCAUUUUUGUAAUUGGGGCAAAAUUAUUGCUCGUUUGGCUGCAGGCAAUGCAACCGGACAAAAAUCCUAAAAGGAAUGUUUUUGAUUUUUUCCCUGUUGGCUGCUGGGAAUGACUGUGAUUGUUUUAUAAUCGUUCCAUACUCUCCGUCAAUUACCCAUGCACUCCAGUCCAAAUCGAUAUCCUUUAACAACUCCCGGACCCACCAGAGAACGGAGAUGACCUUUGUCGUGGUACACCUGUUAUCUGCAGACGCACAUGGAUAACAGAGCUGGCUCUUUUCAGCAGUAUUACUCCACCAAUUAAACAACUCGUUUUGAAGCCCUGCACUGUUUUUUUUGUUUAGUUUUAUUUUAUUUUAUUAUUAUUCUUUUUUUCUGUGGUUAUAUUUAUACAUUAUUUAGUCUUCCAUGCACCGAAAAACCUGUACCCAAUUUACUUUUCCAUUUCAAGGAAUAUACAAUAUUAUAUGAAAUAUACAAUUUAAAAAAAACGUUAGAUCGGUAUUUAUAAAACGACACAACUUAAGGCGUGACCAUCAGAGUUAUUUUCCCAACAGCGGCUUUCAUUUACAGUCUUGGAUGAUUGCAGUUGGUGACUUUAAAAUUCUGGCCUUUUAUGUCCAGAUGCAAAGGGCACAGCAUGGUUCCUGCUUAUUAAAUAUAGUAUUCAAUGUUUAGGGCAUGCUGGGUACUGUAGUUCAAGCUGACUAAAAUUAUAGACCAUUUUACAUUGUUAAUAAACUUUUUUUAUUUAAACAAA